GUAGAGAGAGAGAGAGAGAGAGAGAGAGAUAAUAAGGAAAGGAAAGGAAGAGCCAUUCCUGAUUUCCUUCCCCCCAAAGAAGAAGAAGAAGAAGAAGAAGAAGAUCCCUUCUCUCUCUCCCUCUCCCUCCCCAGCUCUUUACUCUUCGGAACUCCUUCCUUCCUUCUUCUUCACUCCCCUCUCCCUCUCUCUUUCUCUCUCUCCGUCUGUGUCUUCUGUCAUUUUCUGUUUGUUUCAGCAAUGGACUCGGAAGUAGCAGCAAUCAAUAUCACGCCAAUUUGAUUCACCCCAAGAUCUCUGCAUGAUUUGACCGGUCCCAAAUCGGCAAUGGCGUUGAAGCGGGGGCCCUCCAAUGCCGGCGUCCACCGGAGCAUACUCGGUGGAUCUUGGCUGCCUCUAGCCGUCCUCGUCUUCUUCUGCGUUCUCUCUCCUUUCUUCUUCUUCUACGGCCCCGGCCUCCGAUUAGGCACAAUUGAAAAUUCAAAUGGAUUAGGGAAUGAGAAUAUUGGUUGGAGAGAAAGACUGGCAGCACAACAUCUUAAAUCUCUUUUCUCUGAAGGGGUGAUCGAUGUAAUUACAGCCAGCACAGAUGAUUCAAAUCCCCUAAAUCUUGAUGUUUUCAGAAAAUCCAAUUUGUCUGCUUCAUGGAGAAUAGUUGGACCAGAUGCAUCAGUUGUGAAUGAUUCCAAUUUGGAGUCAAUCCAAGGAGCUGGUGAUAUCAAAGAAGGGCUACCAAGGAGCGAAGUUACCAAUUCCUCAGAUAAUAAAUCAGAAUUUGUUGAUACCCCUGCAAAGCUAGCUCGUCGGCAACUGCGAGAGAAGAGACGUGAAAAGCGUGUGGCUGACUUGGCGCAGCAUGAUGAUGAAGCAACAGUUAAACUUGAAAAUGCUGCCAUAGAACGCUCUAAAUCAGUUGAUUCAGCUGUUCUGGGGAAGUACAGUAUUUGGAGAAAGGACAAUGAAAAUGAGAACCCCGAUACAACAGUGAGGUUUGUGAGGGACCAAAUGAUAAUGGCUAGGGUGUAUUUAACCCUAGCGAAGAUGAAAAACAAGCUUGAUUUGUACCAAGAAUUACAAACUCGACUCAAAGAGAGUCAACGUGCUUUGGGAGAGGCUACAGCUGAUGCUGAUAUUCCUCACAGUGCACAAGAGAAAAUGAAAGCGAUGGGGCAAGUUCUGUCAAAAGCAAGAGAGCAGUUGUAUGAUUGCAAUCUAGUCACUGGAAAGCUAAGAGCAAUGCUGCAAACGGCAGAUGAGCAAGUUAGGAGUCUGAAAAGGCAGAGCACAUUUUUGAGCCAAUUAGCGGCCAAGACUAUUCCUAACGGAAUCCACUGUUUGUCCAUGCGCCUGACAAUUGACUACUAUCUUCUACCUCCAGAGAAGAGGAAGUUCCCGAGGAGUGAGAAUCUGGAAAAUCGCGAUCUUUACCACUAUGCCCUGUUCUCUGAUAAUGUCUUGGCUGCAUCAGUUGUUGUCAACUCAACAAUCAGGAAUGCGAAGGAUCCCUCAAAACAUGUCUUUCAUCUUGUUACUGAUAAACUGAACUUUGGAGCAAUGAAUAUGUGGUUUCUAUUGAAUCCUCCUGGAAAAGCCACGAUCCAUGUUGAGAAUGUUGAUGAAUUCAAAUGGCUCAACUCAUCUUACUGCCCAGUUUUACGGCAGCUUGAAUCUGCUGCCAUGAAAGAGUACUAUUUCAAGGCUGAUCAUCCGACCACACUCUCAUCUGGGUCUUCCAACCUUAAGUACAGGAAUCCGAAGUACCUCUCUAUGCUUAAUCAUUUAAGAUUCUAUCUUCCUGAAGUCUACCCCAAGUUGGAUAAGAUUCUAUUUCUGGAUGACGACAUUGUUGUCCAGAAGGACUUGACUGGGUUGUGGAGAGUGGAUCUGCAUGGAAAGGUGAACGGUGCAGUUGAAACUUGUGGGGAGAGCUUUCACCGUUUCGACAAGUACCUUAACUUCUCCAAUCCUCAUAUAUCAAGGAACUUUGAUCCGAAUGCUUGCGGGUGGGCAUAUGGAAUGAACAUGUUUGAUCUUAAAGAGUGGAAAAAGAAGGAUAUUACAGGAAUUUACCACAAGUGGCAAAACAUGAAUGAGGAUCGGGUGCUAUGGAAACUUGGGACAUUGCCUCCUGGCCUGAUGACCUUCUACGGGCUAACCCAUCCUCUCAACAAGUCUUGGCACGUGCUUGGUCUAGGCUAUAAUCCAAGCAUCGACCGCAAUGAGAUCGAGAAUGCGGCGGUCAUCCACUACAAUGGGAACAUGAAGCCGUGGCUCGAGCUCGCCAUGACAAAGUACCGGCCUUACUGGACCAAGUAUAUCAAGUAUGAUCAUCCCUACAUUCGCAACUGCAACCUCCAUGAGUGAAGAAAGUCCACUUAGAAUGCGUUCCCUCUUUUGUCCCUCCAGAGAGAUGACUGGUUAGGAAGCUCUCACUGAUCUAAUACAGGAGGAGGGAUGUGAUUAUUGGGUUUUCUUUGCCUUCCCACAAUCAUUGGUUAUUCUUGGUUAUGAUUCAAUUGAUUUCAUUGUUACCCCCACUCACACCUCCAGUUGACCCUGUAAAAGCUCCUGCUGAUAUGAUAUUCCAUUUCAGUGUCAUCUUCGACUCGGAUGGAAUAAAACAGAGAUAUUCGUCAGUCGUAGUUCUGUAAUUUCUUCGAAUGAGAUAUAGAUUUGCUAAAUAGAAUUUUAUGUAUGGAGGACUUGCUAUUUCUGUUACUUCUAUGGCUUUUGA